AGCUUUGCCAUGUCGCUCCCCUGGAUCCUGGCAUCAGUUUCGGCAGCAGAGGUCCUCAUUGGCCUGGCUGUUUUCUGCCUCCUCUUCCUCGUCCUCCUGUCCUUUCAGAGAAAGACCCCCCAGGGCCUAAAGAAAAUCCCUGGACCACGGGGCUACCCCUUGCUUGGCAACCUACUGGAUGUGGGGAAAAACGUCCACCUCAGUUUGACUCAACUGAGCCGGACCUAUGGAGACAUCAUGAUGAUCCACCUCGGGACAAAGCCGGUCUUGGUGCUGAGUGGGCUGGAGACCAUCAAGGAAGCUCUCGUGAGACAAGGAGAAGACUUCAAGGGACGUCCUCACCUUUACAUCUUCCGCCAUGUGACCGAUGGGCAGAGUCUGUCUUUCGGCACGGAUUCUGGACCGGUGUGGUUCGCUCGUCGGAAGCUGACUCAGAACGCCCUGAAGACUUUUGCUACCUCGCCCAGCCUCACCUCCUUCUCCACCUGCCUCUUGGAAGACCACGUCUCCAAGGAGGCCAACCAUCUGAUGGCAAAGCUCCAGGAGGUCAUGCUCGCCAAGAACCGCCUUGACCCCUAUCUGUACUUGACGGUCGCUGUGGCCAACGUAAUUUUGGCCAUAUGUUUCGGCAAGCGUUAUGACUACGAGGAUAAGGAAUUGCUCAACAUUGUGAUCAACAGUGAGCAAUUUGUGGAAUCCACAGGCUCGGGAAAUCUAGCCAACUUCAUCCCUCUUCUUCAGUAUCUUCCCAACAGCAGCGUGAAAAAGUUUCAGAACUACAAUAAGCAAUUUACUCACUUCCUGCAGAAGAAUGUUAAAGAGCAUUAUGAGAGCUUCAGGAAGGACCACAUCCGCGAUAUCACUGAUUGUCUGAUUGAGGAAAGCCAAAAACAGAAGCUGGAGUCCAAGGGGAAAAUUCAGCUCCCCCCUGGAAUGAUUAUGAACCUGGUUAAUGAUAUUUUUGGAGCUGGUUUCAGCACAGUAUCCACCGGGUUGUCCUGGUCCCUUAUGUAUCUCAUCUCAUAUCCCGAAAUUCAGAAAAAGAUCCAGGAAGAAAUAGAUGUCACCAUCGGCAGAGAACGGAAGCCGCGCUUAUCCGAUCGGUCCCUGCUCCCUUACACGGAAGCUUUCAUCCUGGAAGUGUUCAGACACUCUACCUUUGUGCCAUUCACACUUCCCCACUGCACCACUAGAGAUACCCUCUUCAAGGGCUACUUCAUCCCUAAGGACCUCUGCGUCUUUGUCAACCUGUGGCAAGUCAACCAUGAUGAGAAUCUUUGGAAAGACCCCUUGGCCUUCGUUCCUGAGCGUUUCCUCACUGCCAGCGGGAAAGAAAUCAACAUGGAUGAACGUGAGAAAGUCCAGAUAUUCGGUUUAGGGAAACGGCGAUGCAUCGGCGAGCCCAUCGCUCGACGGGAACUCUUCCUUUUCUUGGCCACUUUGCUACAAGACCUGCAAUUCAGCGUUCCCGACGGGGUGACGGUCAACAUGACCCCUGUCUACGGCCUCACCUUGAGGCACAAGCGAUGUGAGCACGUCCAAGUGAAACAGCGUUUUCCUAAAAAAACAGGCUAAUUACAAAAAGGACCAAUUGCCCACCAGCCUGUA